AUGUCUGUCUCUUCCAAUCCAUUCCCUGUUAUCAUCUUCACGUUCAUUUUCCUUGUUACAUUGGCUUCACAUUCUUUCCCCAAGUCCAUACCCAAUACCGCUCGCCGGCCGCCACUCCAGCUCUCUGUCGAUUACUACGUGAAAUCCUGCCCUCUGGUUGAGCAGCUUGUUGCAUCCGUAACCUCUCUGCAAUUCAGAGAAGCACCGGUAUCUGGUCCGGCCACCAUUCGCCUCUUCUUCCAUGACUGCUUCGUAGAGGGGUGUGAUGCAUCAGUACUUAUAAAAACAAGAAUGGGAAGCAAAGAAUUAUCAGAGAAGGACGCAGAGGAUAACAAGGAACUAGCGGCGGAGGCAUUUGAUAGCAUAAAAAAGGCCAAAUUAUUGGUGGAGAGCAAGUGCCCUGGAGUAGUAUCCUGCGCAGAUAUACUUGCAAUUGCAGCCAGAGACUUCGUCCAUUUGGCAGGAGGUCCAUAUUAUCAAGUGAAAAAAGGAAGGUGGGAUGGAAAAAUUUCCAUUGCAUCAAGAGUCCACUCCAAUCUCCCUCGAGCAAAUUCAACAGUAGACGAACUUAUUCAGCUAUUUAAAUCCAAAGGCCUAACACUCGAAGACCUAGUCGUCCUCUCAGGUGCACACACUAUUGGUUUUGCCCACUGCCAUCAUUUUCUCAUUCGCCUAUACAACUACAAAGGCAUCAAGCAACCCGACCCAAACAUUGACUCGAGGCUCCUAAAGGCCCUAAAAAUGUCAUGCCCACAAUUUGGAGGGAAUUCUGAUAUUGUUGCACCAUUUGAUGUGACAACCCCUUUUGCAUUUGACAAUGCAUAUUAUGGGAAUUUAGAGGCCAAAAUGGGCUUGUUGGGUUCUGAUCAAGCUCUGUUUUUGGACCCAAGAACAAGGCCUUUGGUUCAAAAUCUGGCAAAGGACAAGCAGAAGUUUUUCCAGUUAUUUGCUGCUGCUAUGGAUAAAAUGGGAUCCAUUGAGGUGAAGAGGGGAAGGAGACAUGGAGAGAAAAGAAAAGAUUGUAGUGUGCAUUUGUGA